AUGAAGUCCAUCAGCUUCAUCUUCGUCGCCGCAGCCACCUUCAUGGGCGUCCAAGCCUGCGACUGGAAAACCCUGUGCUAUUGCACCGAUGGGCUUGGUGAGGCGGUUCCCGACGCCACACGGAAGGUGUGUGACUACGAAAGCUCACUCGCCGCCCCCGACGACCCCAACGCCUACCAGAUGAUCACCGACACCGACGGUAUUGCCAAGUGUCAGGCCACGGGCAGCACCUAUCAGUUCUGGAGUUGCGACUUUACUAAGGAGUGUGGCACAGGCUCCUCGGGAUGUACAUAA